AUGACGUCAACUAGGAGUUCAAGUUCAGGUUCCAAAGGACCAGGAAACACAAAGGGUGCUCAGGGUUUUUCUGGAAGACCCAGUGAUGUGACACGGAGGUUGUCAAGUGACGAGAAAAUAGACAAUAUUUUCGAGAUUGUGUCCACUCUGCAGCAUGACAUGAAUGUGCAAAUUAAAUCUCUCCGUGAGGAAAUUAAAGAGGAAAACAAAGAACUUGUUGAAAGACUUGGGGGCCGAAUAUUUGAAUUAGAGGAACAAAACUCCAAACUGACACAGACUGUAGAAAGACUGGAACAAAAAGUGAUAGAGUUAGAGGAUAAACAAUACCAGAUUGCGUACAAACAGAACGAUUUAGAGCAGCAUGGGCGAAAGAACUCUAUUAGAAUUAUUGGUCUAGAAGACACAGACAAGCAUGAAUCUGCUGAGGGAUGUGUUAGUAAAAUUGUAGGAUUUGUAAAGUCCAAACUGAAAGUGAACAUUCAGGAAAAAGACAUUGAUAUUGCCCACAGACUUGACCCUUAUCAGACAAACAAACCCAGGAGUGUUAUCUGUAAAUUUGUUUGUCGCCGAAAAAAGAUUGAGGUGAUUCGGAACAGGAAGGCUCUUAAGGGAUCAAAGUGUUUCAUAUCAGAGGACUUGACCCAGGUCAAUCAGCAAAAACUUAGGGAUGCAUUCCAACUCCCGUGUGUUGAAAGAUCAUGGAGUAUGGAUGGAAAACUUUUUGUGCUUCUGAAGAAUGGUCGGAAAAGGAGACUUCAAAAUGACACUCCCUUAUGUGAAAAGUUCCUGUUGGAUGACAAAACCUUUCCGCGAUUCUGA